GGCAGCACCGGCAGCGACGGCAGGAGCACCCCCAUCCAAAUGGCCCUGCUGCAGGAGAUGGAGAAGGGCAAGUGGGACUGUGCCAUGGAGAAGAGGAAAGACUCGGGCAGAAAAAAGCCGACCCACUGGCAGCCUCUGCCAGGCACGAAAGCAGCCAUGCUGGUCAAAGUGAACAGUUUGAGGCAGAUGCAGAGCUUUUCAAACAGUUCUCUUCAGCUGCAGAGUGCUCCAGAGCCCAACAGCCCAAAAUCUCUUCCAAAAGCAGCCAUAUAUGCUCAGCCUCAACCCAUGUGCCAGAGCCCUGGAGUCACAAAGCAGACGCCUGCAGGAGAAACAAAGCAGUCUAUGCAGAUCAAAAAGACAGAGAAUGGUGGGUUUUGCCUGGUGCUGAUGAAUGGUGCAACUUCUCAAACGCCGCCGAGGAGCCGGACAGGAACCCCCCAGCCUGCAUCCCCCAAGUGUGCCUCCCCUGCACCUAUAUACGAUGAGCCAUCUUUGGAGUCGCCAAUCUACGACGAGCCGCCAGCAGAUAUGGACACUGAAAGCAUUGGUGUCAGUGGGAUGUCUCCACCAAGGUCACCAAGCAAUAGUUUAAAAAAGCAGCUGCAACCAACCAAAUUAUUGCAGCAUCCCAGUAUGCAACAGCAGCAAGCUGCAAAGAAGCAUGCAAGAAAUCCCUCUUCCACUGAAUACAGCCCAGCUGGCAGGGAGUACAUAAAACAUAUGGUCAAUGUUGACCAAUCUGCCAAACUCUCCCACUCUUCUGCCUCAACAGCUGAUGCCUCCACUAAACUGCCUGGUCAGCUUGCUUCAAAGGACAGCUUCAAGCAGUCUUGGAGGAUCUUGGAAGCCAACGUCCUCAAGAACAUGGAACUCCACCACAGUCGGCAGAACAGCCUGCAGACUCAGGAGUACCCAACCAGUAUAAGCCAUCAGGAUUCUGGUUAUUCAACUGGCCCUUCUCCAAGCUUGAGAAAAAGGAAAGGAAGGAGGCAAGGAACAGGUCAAGGAAGACCUGGCUCUGUGGGCAGCAGCAGUGAGCUCACAGCUCUGAAUGAUAAGCUGAUUGCUGAGAUGCGUGCUGUGGUGGGCAGGUCAGCAGCUUGCAGGGGGAGCAAAGCCAGCCUGGAUGCUGAGAGCCUGGAGUGUGGCAUCCCAGCAGAGAGCAGCAAGGUCAGGUUUCAGUCUGACCACUUGAAAAAAUGCAUCAGUCGGAGCUCCAGGGAUGAUGUCUCAGCCAGCAACAGGUCUCUGUAUCGACAGGGCCUGGAGAGCAGAGAAGGCUUUCCCAGCGAUGUGUGUGCUCCACAGGACACAGUGAGGCAGAAGAGGACUUUUGAGAAAAUAGAUUCUCUAGAAAAGAAUGUGACCAGCCAGACAAGCUUGGCUUCAUCAGAUGCUACUCGCCACUCCUCGCAGGUACCUCCCCAUCCGUUGCAGCCUGGGACCAUAGAGCUGGAGCCCAAGCAGGAGGGCAGCGGGCAGCGCGGCAGCUGCGUGGGAUGCCAUUUCCCCUACAACACCCUGCGGAAGCCAAUCUCUCAGAGCAGCAUGGCAGACUGGGCUUCCAAGAACCUCAACAUGCACACCCAGGGCAUCUUCCGCCGACGGAUCUCCAUCUCCAACAUGCUGUCCUGGAACGGGGGCUCCAUCAAAAAGCCAAUGCUCAUCACGAGCAACCGCACCAUCAAAAAAGAAGCGUGUGAGCUGUUCAAGCUGGUGCAGAGCUACAUGGGGGAUCGCCAGACGCGCAUGGACCGCAAUCACGUGGCGCUGGUCACCGUCACCAAGUGCUGGAGCGUGCAGGGGUUACGGGAUGAGCUCUACAUACAGCUGAUCCGGCAGACAACAGAUAACAUGUGCUACCGAAGCCUGGCGUGGGGCUGGGAACUGAUGGCCAUCAGUCUGGCCUUUUUCUCCCCAUCACCCAGGUUUCAGUCCUACCUGGAAGGUUAUAUCUAUCGCCACCUUGACAGUGAUGAGAACAUUGCCCUGCGCAUCAAGGAGCUUGUGGAUCUGAAAAACAAAAAGAACUCAAAAUCCAGGAAAAAGAGGAAACAAAACACAGAGGAGGAAGGUCUUCCCAUUAGCACCUACGCCAAAUACUGCUACCGGAAACUCCAGAAAGUAGCUGUCACUGGAGGCAAAAAGGGCCUCCGCAAACCCACAGUGGAAGAGAUAACACAUGCCAGGAACGCCAUCCUCACGCCAUCGCUCUUCGGCAGCUCCCUGGAGGAAAUCAUGCUGCGGCAGCAGGACAUGUACCCCGGGAACAAGCUGCCCUGGGUGCAGACACAGCUCUCGCAGCAGGUCCUGGCCCUGGGAGGGGAACAGACCGAGGGCAUUUUCAGGGUACCUGGUGACAUAGAUGAAGUCAAUGCACUGAAAUUGCAGGUGGAUCAGUGGAGAAUCCCAAGCAGUCUCAGUGACCCCAACAUCCCAGCCUCUCUGCUCAAGCUGUGGUACCGGGAGCUGGAGGAGCCUGUGAUACCUCAGCAGUUCUACAAAGAGUGUAUCAGCAACUACGAGAAUCCUGACGCUGCCGUGGCUGUGGUGCAGCUUCUGCCAGAGCUCAACAGACUGGUGCUGUGUUACCUCAUACACUUCCUGCAGAUCUUUGCUCAGCCAUCAAACGUGGGCAGGACGAAGAUGGAUGUAAAUAAUCUGGCCAUGGUGAUGGCCCCCAACUGCCUUCGCUGCCAGUCCGACGACCCUCGCGUUAUCUUCGAGAACACACGCAAGGAGAUGUCCUUUCUCCGCAUGCUGAUAGUGCACUUGGACACGAGCUUCAUCAAAGGGCUGGUGUGA